AUGUUCCUGUUUCUCUUUCUAAUUGCAUGUCAUGGUGCAGUCACUCAGGUCCGUCCCGAAGAAAUAUCUUCGUUUGUAAAUUCGACAAAGUUCACAUUUUUGUGUUUUUCAGGUGAGAAGGAGCUACGCGAGUUAGAGAAGCGAAUGGAAAAGAUGUCGAAGAACUUCCAAGAAGUUACUUUUGGUAUUAUUAAAGCAGAUUUGGAGAGAGAUAUAGAAAAAGGGUACAGCAUCACAUCGACUCCGUCUUUCAUUUUACAGCGCCCAGGCUACCAAAAACGGUUUUACUAUGACGAGUGGAAUGCGGGCACAAUAUAUGAAUUUUUGAGAGAAGGCACAACGCCAGUCACUGUUAAGAUUGAAGCCAAACAAGUUGAGGACCUUCUUCGUGCAGAACCUGCCGAAAAGCAAGAGAAGGGCAAAGGCAAGAAGAAAGAAAAAAAUCCGAAGCCAAAGUCGUUUUUUAUUUUAGUCACAAAUUCAACACAACAAGACGUCGUCGACAGAUACACAGCAAUUGCAGAUGAAUUGAAGUUAAGCACAGAAGACGUGUUUUACACUUCAGAAGGUGAGUUCAAAUUGUAUCACUCCAAUGAUGAAGGACUUGUCGAGUGGAAAGGACAAGACAUGGCAUGGUGGAUGAAUGUUGUAGUCUUCCCACUCUUCGACCGACUCGAUGAUGACAUGGCUGAUCUGUUGGAUUACCCACACAACCUUCCAGUCUUCUGGUUCUUCUCCGAUAAAAAGCAUAUGAAAAAAGAAGAGAAGACUGUGUUUGUCAACCUUGCACAGAAAUACCGAAUGCGAAUGCUCUUCUUAUAUGUCAGAAAAGACGACGUGCAACUCUCUCUUUAUGGACAAAACAAAACCAAAACUGCGACAAUUUUGCACCAAAAUGGAAGAACGAUGUACCCACUGAAAAGUGGAGAAAACAUCACUUCGAUUGAAGAAGACAUUGAAAAGUUCUUUAAAAAUGAGUUGACGCCUUUAGUGCGGUCGUCGAACAAAAACGAGACAAUUAGUGGUGUAACUGCUACCAAGUUAACAAGAAAUGAAUGGACUGAAACGUUGAAAAACAACUCAAAACUCGUGUUGUUCAUCGUCGAUUCAACAAAAUUCAUCAGAUCAAUUUUGCAAAGAGAGGGUGCGGCCUUUGUCAACAGAACAGUCAACGUGACUGCUUUUAAAAGUUUUUGGAUCGACACUGAAGAAGAUGACAUUCCAGUCGAAAUCAAUUUCACGACACUUCCAAGCGUUUUGUUGUUUGAGAAUGGCGAAGUUGUUUUAACGCAUGAAGGUAGAUACACACAGAAUGAGUUGGUUGAUGAAGUGAAAACGAAGUGGGAGUUUGAACCACUACCAGAAAUCCCAGAGGAUCAAUUGCCAAAAAUCUUAGAAGAGGCAGAAGACAUCGAAGACUUUGAAGAAGACAACGAAGAAGAACAAAAUGAAAGUGAUAAUGAAGAAAAGGUAGUGCUUACCUAUGAAGAAGUCAAAGAACUUUUGAAGGACAAAUUUGUCAUGGAAACGUUGAACGAAAUAAACUGGAAAAAGUUAUUUAAGUUAGGAAAGGACUUCAAUCCAAAUGAUGAAAAGUCGAUUAAAAAGUUAAUGAAAGAUGAGACAUUUAUGGGACUGAUUGGGCCAUUUUAUAAGGAAGUCAAAGAUAUCAAGGAAGGAAAGAACGUUAAAAAGCACAGCAGACAAAAAGACGAGCUUUAA